AUGGCGGCGAACGCAGCGAACACGAUCCGUCCUGCGGGCUGGAGUGGAGAGCUCCAGCAGUUGCAGGACGAGACUAUGCGCCUGCUGCACACUAUCCGCGGGGACAGUAGUGGCUCCAGGCGGCAGGAGCAGCAGCCACAGCAACCAAGCCGACAAGGCCAGCGAAAUUCUGGAAAGCUUGGUGGCAUGGGUGGCCGGACUCUGGGUCAUGCUUGCUCAGGGGAAACCACAACCGCAGCAGAGGGGAGUGGCGCACGGAGAAGCGACGGCGGCAACACCACCUCUCGCAGAAGACGAAGGAGACGUCCUAGUCGAGACAACCCUGGUGGUUCGCAAGGGCACGACUCGGCCAAUGGGUCAAAAAGGUUCUCUUAUACCUUGGACACAUCCGGAUGGCCGAGAGGAAACGAAACGGGAUCUUCGCACUUACAAGCAUCCGACAUGGGUAUGGGCAAGACCACGGUCGAAGUAUUGGACAGGGGAGAGGAAACUCCACGCACCCCGCCCCUUGCAGAUCGUCCUGCUGGUGACAUACUUCCGUCUCAAGCAACUCCAAAAGUAUCCCAGGCAACGGCUCUAGCGGCUGCUGGCGAGUACGAGGGCCGAUUUCGAUCGCUGAGCUUCAAAGACGAAGAAGGCCGGGUGCGUGACGGGUUCGACACCUUUGUCCCGGGCAAAAACGAGGGGCUCAGGGAAGGUUUGCAGAAGCUCAGGGCCGAGCGUGACAGAUUGGCUGGCAUCGAAGAGGAGCAAAGGAAGAUAUGUCGAGAGGCCAAUCGGCUGGAAUUCGUCCGCUUCGCUCGACGGAAGUGGCUCGCGUCAGACCUAGCCGCAGAGAGUGUUCAGCGGGUUUUUCGCGGCCACAUCGGUAGGAGAAGAGCCGCUCUGAAUGUGGAGGUGCGGCGGCUCACCGGAGAGGCUCGCAUGGAGUGGGUGGAGGUGCGAGAUCACAACCGCGGUGAGGCAUGGUACUUCAACCCCCUUACGGGAAAAAGUCAAUGGGACAGGCCUGAAUCCCUCCUCGGCACGAUCACGCCUUCGGACAAGGUGAGGACCCUCCCCGCCUUAGGGCCCCCAUUACCCUCCAAAAAACGCCCUCUCCCAAAGGGCUUCGACUCGACAACCGAAGGGAGCAUGAUCGGUGGAGCCCAGUCCUCCGCAGGGACGGGAGGGAAGAGCUAUAUUUCGUCACCGCAGGAGACCGGGGGUACACCCCCCACCAAGGUGUCCGUAGGACCAUCGAGAAGCGGCCCUGGUGGUACCACCAACGGCCACGCUAGCGCAGCAACGCUGCCGCCUCUCAUGAAGGGGUCGCGUCUGAGCGUUCUGGAUGCUGCGGCUGUUGCCACGCCCGGCAAGAGCGGCGGCUUGGCGCCCUCCUGUGGGUCACGGGGAAGCACGGAGACGACGCCAGGGGGGAGGUGGCGGGAAAAGCAGCAGGCGUGGGUUGAAAGAGAGCAGCAGGGUGGUGGCGGGGAGGGGCGGGAGGAUGGAGAGGAAGCGUUUCCUUUCCUUGCUGAGGAUGAGAUGAUGGAGGUGCUUCCCGACGACCGAUUCGAGGAGACUGGUCUUGGCCUCGCCCGCAGAGCGGAAGAUGAGGCAGAAUCCGACCAGUCAGAAGACUCCGGCGACGGUGCUAAUGGUACCGCCAGGGGAUUCUUCCUGGCAGACGGAACGCCAAACAUUCGCCUCCGCAGGACUAUAGCCAAGGCUCUGCGAGUGACCAAGUUCGACUCCGUGUCCACCCUUCUCGCCGACUACACCGGCCGGAAAAUCGCCACCGCUUCCACCAACGGAGAGGCAGCAACCGCCGCCGCCUCGUCUCCAUCGAAAGCCGGGAGACGAGCGGCUACCGCUGCCCCCGCCAGUGGCAGUACCAGCUCCCGAACAAGCCAAAAACGCCGUCGCAACAACAGCAACAACAACAACAGAAACAAUACUCCGGGUGAGUUGGCAGAGAACCCGGAGGAGGGCAAUGGCGGCCCCGAGGCAACAGCAAAGGGUUUCCGACUAGAUCGGAACGCAACCUAUCCGUCGGGAAAACUGGAGGAGGACAGGAACCCUCCCCUCUUCUCCGCUGACGGCGGCGGCGGCCGCAAGAUGGUGUCCCUAAUGACGGCUGCGCUUGGCCGCAGAAAAGGCGGAGGUGGCAGCAGGAGACGAGCCAAGACGGCGGGUGUAGCGGUGGCGAGGGCUAAUCAGGAAGGGGCCAGGGGGAGCGCGCUAGGAGGGCUCGCGAUUAGGGAUCUCACGCCGCCGGGGUUCCUACCAUCUGCCGAAGCGGCUGGUGAUGGCGCACGGCCCGCGACGAGCGGGGGCGAUGCAACCGCUAGCGCUAGCACCAACCAGAACGCCGGGACUUCCGGGAACACGGCAACAGGGUCGCAGACGAAGCCACUGGCGGCGGCGGGAGAGGGGAAGGCCCCUGGGACAGGGGUGGCUACGAGCGAGGACCAGGAGGGCAAGAGCGAGGAUGCCCAGAAGGUGAAAGAGAUUUGCUUCAACUGCUGGAGCAAGGGGAGCGGCAAGACUUGUACCCUGCACUCGGGGGGAGCCGCAGGAGGGCAGGGGGGAACGGGCGCCGGGGGGGGGGCAGGGAAGGCUGCUGGGGAGGCACGGGUGGCGGAGAGCGUGCUCAUGUGCAAGAACUGGGAUGUUGGUGUCAUGAGAAGACGAUAUCGCGCGGAGGAAAUACAGGAGGUUUUCGCCAAAGAGGCGUCGUCGUUGAGGUACGACAAGGGGCGAAAGAAGUUCAUCGCCACUGUAGAGCAGAGGCACCCCAUCUACCGCCUCCUGGCGAAAAUCAUCGCCGGGUACAACUUCACCGUUCGGAGAAAGUUGCACCAGAAGAAUUGGAUGAGGGGCUUCGUCGAGCAGCUGCGCAUAGGAAAGGUCGUGGGCAUAUCGGCGGACGAAGCUCGCCAAACGUCAAAACUGCUACGGCUUCGAAACACCCUCCAGAACGCGGCACAGGUUAAGUCCUACACGGGCAACGCGAAGGUGAAGGCCGUCCAGCCGCAGCCUCCGAUCACGGGGACUACGCUAGCAGAGAAGCGGGGCCUCGUGAAGGUUCUCGUGGACAGGCCUUCCAAGGUGAUGGGGCGAGUCACGAGGGUCGUGCUUGAUGGUCCGACGCCCGUGCCGCAAGUCCUGUUCGAGGCCAGAAGGUACCCCCUACCAGCUGCCAAAACGAUGCCUAUGCCGGAACCAAAGUACCUCGAUAACGAGGCAGCCGAUGAUGCGACGGUCCCUGGGGAGAGGGGGCGGGGAGGAGGGGACGCUGGGUUGGCCGCAACCAAAGUCCGCGCGGCGUGGAUGGUGCUGUUGUGCGAGGCCACCGUCGAAGGUGUCGUCCGAUCCGCGAUUACAAACGUGGAAGUGAUGUCACCGGUGCCUGGGUCGGACGAGGUGGCCCGGACCAAAUACCCUCCGGCGUUGACAAUCAAGUUCGCAACGUUCUCCAGAAAACCAACCCCGGCGAUGAUGGCGGUCGGGGGGCUCCCCGCAGAGAUGGUGGUGCACAUGCUGGUUAGCACAAGAAUGGCCCCGCAAUACGGAAACUUCACCGUGAUGCAGAAAUCAUCCGUGGCUCCGACUGUUAGCGAGGAACGAACGGCGGAAUAUGAGUCCCUGGAGUUACUGGUCGAGAAUCAAGCAUAUUUGCCACGGGCUGUACAGCACCCUCUCAACAGCCGCAGGGCUCCUACGGUGAUGGUGAAAACUCUCAUGACCGACCCAGGGAAUAGACAUUACUUUGGCUUGAAUCGCCCGGAGCAGACUGGAGAGGCAGAUUCACAUGGCUUCCGCACCUCUGCACACGCCGACGCCGCUCCGGCGCUGCCAACACUCGAUCCCACAGCGUUCACGCCAUCCGAGGACGUGGUAACGCCAAACCUCUGCAGCGCCAACCGCACGGUUACCACGCACGCCGAUCGGUCGUACCCCUUCUGCGAGCCAAGCAACCGCAGCAACACCACGCUCGACUUCUACCACCUGCUUCUCACGGCCACCUGCAGCCCCAACAAGGAGCAGGUGUUCACCAACCUUGGGGCACAAGAGUGCGGAGAGUUCAUGCGGGGCAGCGACCCAAUGAGACCCAUGGGUCACUGCAUCGGGAUCGUAUACCGUAGCUGGGCGUUCCUUCAAAGACAGGUGCUGGAGGAAUUCGAGACUGAUGACGGGAUAUCGUACUGGUUCGAUAGGAGGACCGGCGAGACGUUCUGGGAGAGACCCCUCUGCGCCGAAGAAAAGGUGUCUGUCAAGGAGGGCGGGACUAUUUUGGGCGGGCAAGGAGAGCCACCGGACAGCUCUAGCGGGGCUUUCGAGACCAUCAAGCCCAGGUAUGACCAGCAGCAGAUGCGGAAGCUGAUGAUGAAGAGUUACGAGGGGACCGAGGCCUUGGAGCGGAGAAGAAAGCAGGUUGCCACAGGAGUAAAAUGGGCCAGGAAGAGCGGUGCUCUCCCGCCGCCAGACCCCAACGAUCUCAAGCCACCUACACCUGACCAACACGACGAUGACACCCUCGAACAAGAAGGGGACGAAUCGGGUGGCCCGGAUUCCGACACUCUUCUUUCGUCGUCGCUGCCAAGUGGGGCGUCGAGCACCGGCAAGAAAAACCAACAGGGUGCAUCUGCCAACAGUCCUCGGAGGUCGCCGACGGGCGGAGGCAUUCGCGGUAGGGGGCAGCACCACCGGGGAGCGGGCGAGAGCGGGCAAGGAGCAAGCCAGGGGACCGGAGACUGCGGGAUUCAGGCUGAUCGUCUGGCGGCCUCGAUCUCUCAAGCCCUCAAAGACGCCGGCCUCAACGAAGGACGCUCCGUGAAACCGUCGGACAUGUUGCGGUUCGGGAUGGGGCUCGGCAUAACCCUAGGCGCAAACGGCUUGCUUGGCGAUUUGGAUGGGAGUGGGAAAAGUGGGACCGCUGGGGCGGACCCCGGCGGUGGCGGCGGCGCUCGGAGUGGUCCAUGGAACGGGGAGGAAAUUGAAGGGACAGGAGGUGUGGAGGCCUCGCUGGCGCCUCCUGUUGUCAAGGUAUCGCCGAACGGACAUCCGAUAGGCCACGGGCACACGGAACCGGUCGCCAAGAAGGAAGACAGCACGGUUCUCGACCACAAGAGCGAAGCGGAGCACCUCGCGUCGAUUGUCCAGGAUAGCGCAGACCUUAAGACAUCGGAGGAGUUCAAGGGGCUACUGGUGGUUCCUCCUCCUGAACCCACACCUUGUCCCGAUGAGGACUACGGGAUGGUCAACCCAGAGGACAUGGAGGCCGACCCCCGUCGAAAGGCGGAGCUGAGCAUCCCCAUCAUCGCUUACCCGGAGACGCUCUGGAAGAAGCAGUACCGAGGCCACGGGGCAGCCGGAGAGGGCCAGUCCUGGCAGCCGGCGGGGGGAGACCGGGCGGCAAAUCAGCGUGCCAAGAGCUCUCUAGGUGCGCCGAUGAGAAGGACGAACGAGAAGCUACCGGAAGGCUUCCUCAACGCAAUAUCACACACGCACGUCGGAAAGCAGCACUGCGACUACCUACCGCAUGUGCCCAACAUGCCUCAGGCAAGAGCAGUCGGCCGCGUGAAGCCUAGGUCAGCAGCGGAAGAUUGGUUUGCGGUUGGAUUCGAUCCUUGGUCGGCCGGCCGAGAGCCGCUCAGCGCCGAGUUCAUCCCUUCCCUUAGCAUCAAGCAGGGAGACCUCGGUGGGGACGAAGACGGCGGCGGGGUUUCUACCGUACCACAGACCGGAUACCUCGAGCUUAAGGACUCCGCGGGGCACGCAGAGAUGGCAAUCGUCUCAGCAGAAGAGGCGAAACUUGCGAGUGACUUCGAGCAGAUCACGAGCUGGGCAAGACACGCUCGCUACGCGGAUGUGGAGACUGCCAUGAACCAGGCAAGAGCGGCGGACUGGACGAUGCCCAUAGACUACCAGAACGACCUUGGGGUAACUCUCCUCCACGUGGCCGCCCAAAACGGCAACAAGAGAAUAGCCAAACUCUGCCUCCGAAAGGGGGCAGACGUUAACAAACGCAACAACAACGGUCAGACACCGCUGCACUACGCCUAUAGCUAUGGGUUCGAGAGCUUCGGGGAGUAUCUCAUAUCCAAAGGAGCUGACGACAGCAUUCUCAAUGCCGACGGUUUAACGUGCUACGAGGGUCUCAAUCAUGACAAGCUCGGGCAGCUGUGA